AUGGCAAUCAAGGGGCUGAUGGUCGUUGCCUUUGCGGCAGCAUUGGGUGUGCACGCUGAACCUGAGGCUCCAGCUCGGUGUGCAAACGGCGAAGUUCGCUUCGAGGGUCAUGCGACUUUUGAGGAGAGUGAUCGUCCUGACACCCUUUCAAAGGAAGCUGUAUUGACAAUUGAUGUUUCAGAGGAAGUGGCAUCGGGGGAGGAGCCGAAGACGCCUAUUUACACUCACACCGUCCCUCUUGAAAAGUACACCCCUGAAGCAGAGAUCCCAUACGCCUUCUGCGUCGACCUGAGCAGCGUUGAAGCAAAGAAGAUUUCUCUCAAGGCGCGCGUCACAGACCCCGACGGUGAGGCCAAGGUGGAAUGCAUCGGGGAGACAGUCGUUACAGCCGGGAGCGACAGCUACGAGGCGGAUCUGACUCUGGCGAAGGUCGACGGUAGCAGCAGCACCAACGAACCCUCUGUAGCGGACUGCAACUUUGCGCAACUCGCAGAAGAUGUCACUGGCAUCGCCGUGAAGGCUACAGUUAAGAUUGGGGCCCCUAAGGCGCUGCCUAAGCCAACAUAUCUAGUGGUCACUCUUAAGGAAACUGACGCGGAGACAGGCGAACCAGAGGUAAUUUCGCUAUUUUCUGGCGAUAUCAGCGCCAUCUAUGAACCAGAAAGGCCCGUGCCCGCCUUCCUCUGUGCCAAAGUGCCGACGACUGCCGAGGAAAUUCCCAAAUAUACACUCGAAGCCUCUGUUCACAUGGGCUGGGACGGAUAUGCAAACCCUAACGAUGAGGACCGGACCCUUAGAAAAGGCGAUCUCGUUACUAGGAAACCUAUUGAGGUUCCCAUUACCCCUGAGCAGCACGACUAUUCCGUCAACAUCACUGUCAAGCCCUACAACCCUUCCGCUUGA